AGGGCCGCGGGCCGAGCCGCGCUGCUCGCGUUGCCAUGGCAACUCAGGCGCCGGCUGAAGUGCGCGUGCGCAACGCUCGUCGCCAUCUUGGCGGUUAUCUCGCCGCUGAGCGGUGUACGGUCCCACACCGGCCAGCAUUCCUUAGAAACGGUAUACUUUCAUUUGGUGGAAGGGCACAUGUUUAAAUGGCCUCAGAAGGGCAAAGUGAGGAUGCUGAGCAUCCAUCUGAGCCUCUUACAGCUCCUAUUGCGAGUAACAGCAUGUUUCGAUGGGGAGAUAUACUUGCUGCAGUGAAAGAUCAGCUCCCAUCUCUGGACUCUGACACUUCCACAUCAGACUGUGAGAGUGAUGGGGAGCUUUUCAUCUUCCAGCGAGAGCAACCCAACUUAAUUCCUGACCUGUCAGAUGAGCUACUGGAAUUUUCCCUGGAAGACUCAGACGUGCAGCAAACAGAGGAAAAGAAAUGGAAUGGAGAUCUGAGAAGUCUUGGCCAUCAGGAAAAGACAGAUAGUGCCCAAGUCAUUGCAAAAGAACAUGUUCAAGUGAUUAAAAAUGAGGCUUCCAAUCUUUCUAGCCAUACUGAAGAAAUUCCAAGCCGAAGGGGAGCUGUUCUUGAAGAGUCUCUUGCAGAUUUCACAGAUGGAAUUGAAGAGGAAGAACCAGGAAGGCAACAGGCCAGGGAGAAAGUGAACUCUUGGCUUAAUACAUCAUUGUUAGUGGAAGAACUGUGCGGUAAAAAAGAGAGAAGGAAGCUGAUAGAGACAAAGAUACUCUCAAAAAUAUUUCUAGAGUCAUCACCAGGGCACCCUGAGGUAAAUAAUAAGCCUCCCUCACCUGGCAUUAGCGAAAGUCUACAAAGAAAUGCUAAAGAGGAAACUUGUGCAGCCAACCAUCUUCAAGAUCUAACCCGUCUGUCAUUGCGGAAUACUGAGAACUGGGAUCUAGACAAGACUUCUGCGGAGCUGAAGCAGCAGAAAAAUACACGUAACACUCAUGCAGAAAUUGCCUUCUCCUCAGCAGAUUAUGAGACCUUCAGAGGUAGAUCUGAAAAACAGCUCAUGGAAAAAUUAGAAGAGCUGUGUGGCAGGCAAUCCAGGACACCGUCUUCAUGCUGCAGGUGGCCAUCAGCCAAGAUCUCCUUUCAAGAAGAGCGAGAGAACAAGAAGGACGUUGCCUUCCUCUCAUCUUCACCAAGUUCUCCGAGGAGGGACGCAGUGAGAUUACAGAGCCUGCCAGAGCCUCUAACUGUGUACAUAGAUUUAAGAGAUGCUGAACCACAGAAGUCAGUGACGUUCCCUGAUGAGAAACAAAGUGCUGGUGACAGCUCCACUGAGGAAGAUGAGACCACGACUGUAAUGGGCCAAGCAGAAAGGAAAAUGAAGAAUUGCUCAGGGAAGAGCCUGCUACUGCAACAACUCCGUAGAGCCCGUAAAGAGGCCUCAGAUCUUCUUCACAAAGCACCUGCCCCAGCUGAAAGACUGAAGGGCAUAAAACAGGAUCCAGAAAGUCUGGAAGAGAUGGAUGCCUUUAAACUCAGUCAAAAUCAAAAUUUUAAAGUGAGACAAGGGAAAAAUGAGGUCAUUUCCAGGAAACUGGUGAGACUGGAGCCAGAGAAAGGAAAUACCUCCUUGUCAAGUCAGAGAGGCAGUGCAGCUGACACAGGAACAAAUAAUAUAAUGAGAGCUGAGAAGGUUCAACAUUCAGGAAAUGCUUCAGAAUCUCCGCUACCUACAAAAGUAUUUCCAAGGACAGAAGAAAGUAACAGAGAGCUAUGCCAAAAGGAAGCACAGAUGAAAGAGAAACACAUGAAACACAGGUUCCAGGAGCAGCUGGAGAGAUCGCAGCCUCAGCAGUCAGUUACUGGAAAGCAGCCCAUGGCAGAGCAAGCACCUGUUUUGUUCCACAUGGAAGGCUCUUAUUUGCCAAUUGUUGAUGCACUGCCUGGGCCGGGCAGUCUGAGGGAUGAAGUGCUGCUGAUGCUUUGGCUGUUGAGCUGUGGCCAGGUACCUACAGAUCAGUGCAGUGGGCAGAUGCCUAGCACUGUGCUGAGAGCAGCUCACAUCUACCGUGCCCCGGUGACAUGGCUUCUAUCUCUGACUAGAGAAGAUCUCCAGGAAACAUCCAUUUUUUACCAGAGGAUUUCUGAAUUUCUAUCCCAUACGUGGCUUCCAGAUGUUAUCUGGUGGAGGGCAGAACUGCGCAGUUGCUUCCAAAACCACCUGUAUCCACUCCUUCCUGAAAUUCCCUCUGUCCUGCUCAGUUACAUCGCUGCUGUUGAUUCUGAUCCUCAGGCAGCGGAGAAAGUGUUCGCAGUGCCAAGUGGAUUUUACUGGCAGGCUGUUGAAACUGAUGAAAAAUACUUCCCUAACAGCAGUGACAUUGAGGCCUGCAGAGGCACCGAGGUUGCCAUGGUAUUGCUGUUUGAAGCUCUCUUCCGAAGAUCCCUAGCUACCCAUCACAUGUUGCAGCUGGUGCUCAGCUCCGGGCUGGGUAUCUGCAGACUCCACCUGCUCUACCCUCAGCGUGAUGUGCUGCCCUCCACCUCAGAAAAACUGCCUUCUUCCUAUGCUUCAGAGACUGACAAGGUGCCACCAGUGCUGGCAUUAGGUGUGAGAGGACCUAAAGCAAUUAGCACCUUGCAGGAUAUCAUUGGGCCAUCUGACCCGCAGCUGGCUGGCACAACAGACUGCAGUUCCAUCAUUGCCAUCUACUGCAUGAGCCAUGCAGAGCCUCUUGUCUACCUGCCCCAACUGGACAGCCGUGUGCGCAGGGAGCUGUGCCUCUGGUUUGGAGGGAGGGCUGCUGACACAGCGCUGCGUGGUGGUGCCCUGGAUCUGGCUUGCAGAUGCAACGGAACAAGAUCUCAGAGUCCUUCAUCAACUAGAGCGGAAGCAGAUAAAGAAAAGGUUCACCCCCAGGGCAUGGUGCAGUCUCGACCUCCGGCGAUGCUUCCCUCAACUACCAAAGGGGACAUCAUUUUGACAGUGUCACCUCUGGUAUCUCCUUGUGCGUAUGGUAAUGUGAUUUCGAUCUGUACUCAUCAGGGGUUUGUUCUGCAAGGAGUCAGACAGCUGCAGCUUUCACACAAGCAAGCCAUUGUGCUGAGCAUGACAACAAGUCAGAUUGCUGUAUUUUGCCCUAGCAAGAAUUCUAGUUCACCUGAGAGCAGUUCUGCAAGAGGAGAGCUUUCUGCUGAACCACACGUGCGCUGUCUCGUCUUGUUGCUGAGAAGGGACAAUGCUAGUCAUCAUAUUCUUGCAUUGGUAGAAGGACUGAUGAAUGAACUGGCAAAGCAAGGCUUCCUUGGCCCCAGGCAGAGCAGCCUGCCUGCCACGGCCAGGCUGGACCCCUCCACGUGCUUCCAUGUGGCUCCUUACACCGAGAACUUGCUGCAGGCGCUGGGAGGAAACUUCAGUGCAGUUCCAGCCCCAUGCAGCAUUCCUCUGGAUUUCUUCUGCAACCGAAUAUAUGCUUCCGAUCCUGAAAUGGAGCAAGUUGUCCUGCUGACGCUGAUUGGAGCGGAUGCUAUCAAGAGUGCUGGAGAGCUCCUGUGCAAGAUCCUUCUUCCUGGGAGCAAUAAUCAAUCUCAGAAUGCAGAAGGACCCGAUGCAGGGUUUGAGCUUCUAGGUCUCAAGUGGUUGCCCCAUCUCACUCGACGUCAGGCAAAAGAAAUAACCCCUUUUGAGGUUGGAGAUACUUCCUGGCGAAGAAGCCUUGAGACACUGAUGUCUAAUCCAGUCCUUGUGUGUGCCUUACGGCGGAUCAACGCCUUCCAAGUACUUGAAGAUGCAUUGAAGAGAUUAACACAGUGUGGGGAGGAGCUAAGCAAAAGUGACAGUGCUCUACGGAGAGUAAUGGCCUUGACCCCAGAGGUAACAUUCAGACAAGCCAUUCUUUUCUUCACAGAGAAGGAUCUUGUAGCUGAUUCAGGACACCGCCCUACUGCAAAAUACCUGCCCCCGCCUGGCAAGACAUCCAGGGCUGGAGUGGAAGAGACCCAGAGAUGUCAUGCCGAAUCUCUGUUUACCUACUUGCAUGCAGGAGCCCAGAUCCUUUGCACGGUGCUGCUGAUCAAACCUGGUGCCUGGAGCCAUCGCCUUGUGAGGAUCCUCCGAAAGCUCGACCUGGAAAAUUUCACUGUGGUUGGGAUGAAACACGUACACCUGGAUCCAAACAUUGCCUUAGGACUCCUUUCUUCUGAAGCAAAGCAGGAUCCUGCUGUUCUGGAAGCUCAUUGCACCUACCUUACCUCAGGCACAUCUCUCGUGCUGUGUCUUCAGAGACCAAAUGCUGUGAAGAAGCUGAUCGACAUGCUGGGGCCAGAGGACCCUGAAGUAGCCCGAGCACUAGAUCCAUGCCUCUGGAGGGCUCAGUAUGGCAUCAGCACUGUCCACAAUGGAUUUUAUGGCUCCAAAUCCUACCAGGGAGCUGUCCGGGAUGUGAAGCUGUUUUUCCCAGAAGGUCUGUGCUGCGCCGAGUGUCAGACGUUAGAGGAGGAAGAGAUCUAUAACCUGAAAUGUGACCCCAUAGUCAGUCCAGAAAUCAACAAGCAGCACAAAAUCGUGAAACGUGGAACUGGAGGGCAACUCGAGUUACUGGGCUCUGGGCAACCGCGCGAUCUUGGCCGGCCGGUGCUCGGUAACCUCUGCCAAACCACGUGCCUCAUCCUGCCGGCGAUAAUCCUCUGGGCUUCGCACCCACCUUACGUGGACCUGCUCGAUGAGCUGCUCGGCAGUGACUUCACGGUGACUGGAGUACGCCUCACUGUCCUGGAUGCAGCGCAAGCUCACUGCGUCUCUGAGAUACUGAGCAGGGCCAAGCGCGGCGUGGCAGCAAAGUGCUCCCUCUUAAUGGAUGGUUUGUGCCUGGUGGUAGCAGCGGAGCGAGACAACGCGGUCAUUGGCUUCGACUCCCUGCUGGACAGCGUGUGCUGGCAGAAGCAGUCGGUGCUGGACGUGGCGCAGCAUCUCCUCUAUCCCCAGAACGAGAAGCAGGCAGAAGAGCUGCUCUGUUGUCUUUUUGACUCCCUGACAUCUGACAGCACCUGCCGCAUUGAAUCCCAGAGCUGCUCGCUGCUGCCUGCUGCCCCCAGGUAGCCCGUGGGCCAGGGCCCGUGCAGGGGGUGUCUGUGCGGGUGGGCACAAAGCAGCCCCCGGCCCCCAGGAGCACCAGCACUUGUUUGUCAUUGUAAUAAAUUCUGAAGCAUCCUGUUAGAUGAA